CGCCUAAAAUUAAUACUUGUCGAGAAGAACGUGAUGCAAUUAAUAUAGAUUUAAUUCACGCUUUAACUCAAGCUAAUAUUCCACUUGAGAAAGUCGAUAAGCUUAAACCGUUCUUCUUGAAGUACU